AUGAGAACUCCGAAGUUCAGCUUGGCAAUUUUGUGCUGAUUCUUUGUUCUAGCCCAGUCAAAGCUAGAAUUUGUAGCUGAGAUAUGCCGUCACGGAGCCAGAGCUCCAGAGGGAGAUACCUUUGGAAUAGAAUAUGAGAAAGGACCAGGAAUGCUCACUCCUUCUGGGUUUAGACAGCACUUAAUGAUUGGAGAUGAACUCAGGAAUAGGUAUGUGAAAGGUAUGGAUAAGUCACAGAAUCUUCUUAGUCCGAUAUUUAAUCCUGAAGAGGUUUAUGUCAGAUCUACGCAGGUGAAGCGGACUAUACAGAGUGCAUAUUCACAGUUACUAGGCAUGUUUCCACUAGGAACAGCUGAAGAAUUGAGAUUUUACCAGAUAGAUGUGGCAAUUCCUCCACUUGAAAUAUCUGAUCUUGAAGAUAUCACUACAGAACUUGGAAUUGAUGCAAUCCAAGAAGGAAUGCAGCCUGUUCCAGUUAAAAAUUAUGGAGAAUAUAUUGAUUCAUUAAUUGCUUAUGGUGGAUGCCCAUAUAUGAUGAAUGAGUAUUACAGAAGGAUUGAUGAUCCUAAAGUUUGGCAAGAGUAUGAUGACCACUUUAGACCUCUCAUAUUUUCACAAAUUGCUAAAGCCUUUAAUCUAUCUGAGGACGAUCUCUCUUUCAUGACCAUAUACAAGUAUCCUGAUUCUUUAUUUGCUGAAGAAUUUGAGGGAGUUUUAAAGAGAUACAAUUUUACUGAAGAAGAAUGGUCGAUAGUUCGGUCAAUGCAAAUACCUCUUUUUCUGCCAAGACUUUCCUCUCUUUCCAGAAAAAUUUUGUCCCUUAGAUACAUCUUCCCAAUACUAGAAUUGAUGAAGUCUCGUAUGGGUCAGGACUACAACAAAGAGCUAUUGAAAACUUUUGGAACCCCAAAAUUCCUUCUAUUCUCAUCCCAUGAUUACCAGCUUUCUCAUAUAAUGAAGUUUUUGAACCCUGAAAAUCUACAGCUUGAGCACAUAGAAUUUGCAUCAGUGCUGAUAUUCGAACUGCAUAGAAGAGACACCAGAGUAUGCAAAGACUCCUCUGAAGAUGCCUGCUUCUACGUAAAAGUUCUCUAUAAUGAUGUCCCUCUCAAGCUUCCUAGCUGCAGUUCGGUCGAUUGCUCAUUCAAUGAGUUCAGAGGAUACAUUGAGAGCUUUGGCAUGACCUAUGACCAAAUGAUAGAAAUCUGCUUCUCAGAAGAGCUACUAGAUAUUCCAAAUUAUGAUGAAUUAGUUCAGCUAAUUCUUUAACCUUGGUCAUUUCAAUUCUAUCCAA